GUUUCGUAACUUGUGUAUCUGUGAUAACGAAAACUUGAAAAAUCAAUUCGCACUGGGCAGUUCUAGAGAGAGAAAGAGAAAGAUCAUCAGUGAGAGAUUCUUCAUUCUUCUUCUCAUUCUCUAUUCUAAAUUCUUAUCUAAGCUAACGAUGAUGAUGAAUUAGAAAUUCGUGGUUUCCCUAAACCAAACUCGAUUCACCCUCUCAUUUUCUGAAUUUCAAUGGCCGAUCACUCAGAUUCUUCUCCUCUCGUUCCUCCCCUUCCCCUCACCGACCCUUCUGAGAUCGACCUCGAAGCUGGUCCCUCCGAACAAAUCCAGUGCCGAAUUUGUCUCGAAACUGACGGUAGAGAUUUCAUAGCCCCUUGUAAGUGCAAAGGUACAUCAAAAUAUGUGCAUCGAGAAUGUUUGGAUCAUUGGCGAGCAAUUAAGGAAGGGUUUGCCUUUGCUCACUGCACUACGUGCAAGGCUCCUUAUCAUUUGCGUGUCCAUGUUGCUGCUGAUAGGAAAUGGCGUACCCUGAAAUUUCGAUUUUUUGUCACCAGAGACAUGUUGUUUAUUUUUCUGUCUGUCCAGCUUGUCAUUGCUUCACUGUCAUAUUUGGUUUAUCUAAUAGAUGGUUACCAGCAGUAUUGGCUUCGUCUUCUCUGGGGUUUUGAUAGUGAAAUGAGCUUUUACUACAUAUGUGGAGCUCUAUUGUUUUUCGCCUUGCUUGGCCUCUCUGGGUGCUUCAUUACCUGUUAUGAUCGAAGAGUUCGCAAUGAUUUAGCUCAGCCUUGUAGAGAAUUAUGUCUUUGUUGCUGUCAACCUGGAGUUUGUGCAGACUGUCAUUUGCCAGGCACUCUUUGUAUGUGGACUGAUUGCACCACAUGCUUUGAGAGUUGUGGAACCAUGGCAACUGAAUGUGGUGGUUGUUUGGGGGGUGCUGGGGAAGCUGGGCUACCACUAUUAUUCAUUAUGGCUUUGAUUGUUCUGGGACUUUUUACUGUAAUUGGGAUAUUCUACAGUGUAUUGGUUGCUACCAUGGUAGGUCAACGGAUAUGGCAACGUCAUUAUCACAUACUUGCAAAAAGGAUGUUAACAAAGGAGUAUGUGGUUGAAGACGCUGAUGGAGAGCUGACUGGAUCGGAUUGGUCUCCCCCGGCUCUCCCACCCGAACAUGUUCAGCAGUUGAAAACAUUGGGCCUACUAUGAGUCCAUGAGUUUGGAAGAGUCAUCAGUCAUCUACUUGAUGACGUGAAUGCCACUAAAAUGUAGAUAUACAUUGGCCCUCCCCAUGUUUUGGUAAGCUGGUCCUUUUCAUGAAGACCUGCAGUUUAUUGAUAAUUGUGUAAUAGGCACUCAAUUCACUUUGGCUAGAGUUGUACACUUGUGCUGAACCGCUGAUAUGUGGAAAUUUGUGAAUGUCUGACACGUCUACCUAAAGAAAAUGGAAGAGGAUUCUUUUAAUGACCAAUAACAAGUUACAGGUACAUCGCCAUUUCUUUUCCUUGAUAGGAUUCUGCUUGGCUAGUCAGGUCUUAUUGAUUGCUGGUCGUAUUUGUUUUAAAUUUUUAUUUUGAUUUGGAUACUUUACUAAUCAAACUCGUACGGUUGCCCCGUGAUACAAGCAUAUUGUUUGGAGUGAGGAAAAAUAUAUGUUUGGUCAUGUGUGUUGUUUGUUAUAGGUCUUA